UAAAGACUUGAUUAAUUAAUUACUUAUGAAUAUAAAUUUGUUGUCUUGGAAUAAUACAUUGGGAUGAUAUUUUGUUUGGUUAAACUGAAAAGUAACUUUUGAAAAUUCGAAAUUUGUUCUGCUGAAGAAAAACCCCUUAGAGAACAGAAUUUAUACAGAAACAGGCUUCUGCUGCAUCUACACACACAUCUGUUGUAGUUUAGCAUUAGCUAUGUGUGGAAACACUUGUUCUAAAAGAUUGUUCUGUACGUGGGUAAUAACGUGAAACUGCUUAUUUUAACAUUAAACAUCGUUUUCACAGAGAAAUGGAGGUUGGUAGGAUCAGCAGUCGGAACACCAUAAGAACAGACCUCUCUUUACUACUUGAGUGUCUCAAGUUUCAAAUGAAGUGUCCUGAUAUGCAGAAACAAGCUCUUCUGACCAUUCACUCAAUUUGUGAAAAUAGAGAGGAUAAUGUGGACCUGCUAAGAGAAAUGGGAGGUGUGAUGUUUGUGUAUAACCUUUCCAAGUCCAGUAUUGUCCACCAUGAUGUUAAGGAGACUGCUCUCUUCACUCUUGGGACUCUCGCUGAGGCCAAUGUGUAUUGCAAGAAUUCACUGUGCAGAAAGGAGAUAUUCUCAAACCUUGCUGGUUGCUUGACAACAGAAGAAAUCCUGCUGACACAGAAGAUUGUGUCUGUCUAUUUGCUCACUGUGCUCAUAGCCAACAACAAAUUGGGGCAGACAUUGGCUCAAACCACUGGAUGUCUUGAUGUAUUAAUGGACCUAUUCAGGAUGACUUUUCCAUUGUCCACAGAUGGGACUCUCAAAGCAGCUAAUGCCACUCAAAACUACCAACUUUGGGCAUCUGUGUCUAGUGCUCUCUGUGGGUGUGUCAACAAUCCUCAGAAUGAGGACGGCCAGAAUAUGUGUGUGGCAGUCUUUCCAGUCAUAAGAAUGUGGCUUCAGCAGAUUGUUCUACCCCGCAGUGAGAUUUUUCAGCCCAUAUGCUCCUUCAUAGCCAUGACAGUUGCCAAUAACCCCUGUGCCCAAGAAGGUUUUUCUGCCUCAGGCGGUUUGGAAGCUCUCACCCUUACCCUGGUUCAUCGAGCUGCUGAGGCAGCAACAAGUCUGUUGUCUUGCCAACUAUCUGUCACUUUAUCGAAGACCCUUUCAGCUUGUAUCACUGACAACUCUGUGCUGGCUUCAAGUUUAGCUCAGUACGGUGUGGUUUCUCAGCUCUUCUCCUUGCUGGCUAGCCCAAACCUGGACUCCGAGGACAGGAUCUCAGUUUUACUCACCCUGGGCCACUGCACUGAGGCCUCUGAGGAGCAUCAGUCUCAGUUAUUGCAGUGUGGAGGCUUGCCCAUCAUCAUCACUCUACUCACCGAGGACAAGACUGAGGAGGUUAGAAAAGCUGCAACAUUCAUACUGCAGACCUGCAAACAGGCCACGAUGUCCUUAGGCGUACCUGGCCUGGUAGAAACACAAGACACUUUAACACGCAUAGAAGAAUACAGGAGCUCAGCCAGAGAGCUGCUGCAGAGGGUUCAGCUGCUGGAGAAAAAACAGACAAAGGAGGCCAAUGAUGAGAUGGAAGACAUACACCAAAUGGAUUCAGUGGAAAAGCUACAUCGGCCGUCUGUGACCCCAGUCCAGCCUUUGUUCCCAGUUUCUGUUCACCCUGAUGCCACAAAUAAGGAGGGACAGCCAAAGCAAGUAGAUGUGCAUAAGGAAAAGGUCAGGUAUUCUCCAGUGGCCCCAGCUGAACCUAAGGUUCUUGGGCAAGAACCUGUCAUGGCUGCUUCACGAAGUUCUCUGUGCAAAUGCACAAGGGUCGCCUCAUCCUCCCAUUUACGUCCAUUAGAGGGAGACAGAGAGCUGCAUGCUGCUGACAGUCAGUUGUUCAAGGCCCCUGCCCCAGCGAUGAACAGUGUACCAAAGAAGAUUAAAUGUGCUGAUGAAAAAGAGUUGCUGGACCGUGAGAUAAGUAAGGUGGGGAUACCAGCUGUCGAUGAAAAUUCAGCUUCACAUACCAGAUGUUCAGCUUGUGUCGUUCCAUUUGAGGAGGUGACCAGUCGCACAUUCUCAUUUCUCCAAAGCUCCUGCCACAACAGCUGUGACAUGCACAGAGUUCUCCAGGAGGCCACGGCUCGCUUCAGGACUCGACACUACAGCCUUAUGUUCAGGAGAGGGAACCGAGACAGCACCACGGAUCAGACAGACCCACAGUCCGAGAGGGAUUUAAUGGCAGAGUCACAGCAAAGGCAGGAACACUGGAGUGAUGUCUGUCUGACCCCCAUACGCAAAGAAUCAGGGAAAGCCAGCAGUCCACAACCACCGCUGCUCUGGAAGAAGCACAAAAGUUUUACUUUGACUCCACUGAAAAAAGGAGCUAAACCAGAAACACUCGUGUCUUUUAACAAGGCUGGUCUUGGCUUGACUCCUGUGAAAAAGCUUCACCUCCCUGAAGAAAGAAGAGAGAACAGCAGGCAGCUCUUCAAUGUCAGGAGUGCACGCUACAGUCUGAGACAUAGAAUCAAGGAUGAGAAAAGUGACUGCAAUCAUCAACUCUGCCCUCCAUCUAGAAGGAAAAGAAAGGACUUUAGUCAGGAGGAGGUACGUUACCUUCUGCACGGAGUGAAGAGAUACGGUUACUCAUGGAACUUAUUCUGUGGUCAUAUCCCUUCCAGCGUGGACAGUUCUCCAGGAGGCAACGGCUCGCUUCAGGACUCGACACGACAGCCUUAUGUUCAGGAGAGGGAACCGAGACAGCACCACGGAUCAGACAGACCCACAUCCGAGAGGGAUUUAAUGGCAGAGUCACAGCAAAGGCAGGAACACUGGAGUGAUGUCUGUCUGACCCCCAUACGCAAAGAAUCAGGGAAAGCCAGCAGUCCACAACCACCGCUGCUCUGGAAGAAGCACAAAAGUUUUACUUUGACUCCACUGAAAAAAGGAGCUAAACCAGAAACACUCGUGUCUUUUAACAAGGCUGGUCUUGGCUUGACUCCUGUGAAAAAGCUUCACCUCCCUGAAGAAAGAAGAGAGAACAGCAGGGCACCUCAGCCUCUUGAUGAUGAGUUGAAGGAUAACGGAGAUCUCUGUUGCACUAGAAGGAAAAGAAAGGACUUUAGUCAGGAGGAGGUACGUUACCUUCUGCACGGAGUGAAGAGAUACGGUUACUCAUGGAACUUAAUUCUGUGGUCAUAUCCCUUCCAGCGUGGACGUACUAAUGUUGACCUGGCAAAGAAAUACAAGCAGCUGAUGAAAGACAAUCCCAGCCUUGAUUACACGUGAUCCUGGGUCCGAGAUCCUCCGUCAUUCCUUUAAUGAAGAGUUUCGAAUUACAAGUUGGGGAAAAAACUGCUUUAAUCCAAAAUACUUUAAACUCAGUUCAGUACUUGUGACAUUGUUGAUAGCCACUUCUGCUGCAUGUUCUGUUGUUUUUACAUUAUUGCUUUUUGUUGUGCAUUAAAAAGAAAUUGAGUUUUCCACUU